AUGUCGAAGAGGCGGCUCUUUCGCUGGCCUGCCCGCCGCACCGCCGCGCUCGGAGCUUUGGCGCUGCUGGUCACCUCCGUAUUUUCGUGGCUUCUGUGCGGCGGUGAUUCCUACGGAGUCCAACCACUAGUUGAAAUCAACCCGGUUCAUGAGCAGCUCUCGGAAUUUACUAGCGCCUACAACAACGCGACCAAUGAGAUUGGCUUAGUGUUAGCAGCGACACGGUCGGAGGAUUUAACCUGGUUGUUGGAUUACUGCAGGGCUCACGGAACAAUCCCAUUCAUUUACACCACCGAUCUCGAACCUGCGCCGCACCUCCUCAUCCCGCGCACCAUCCGAGGCCGCGAGGCCGCCGCUUACCUCUCCUUUAUCGUCGACUUUUACGAUCGGUUACCCAAAUAUACGAUCUUCAUCCACUCCAACUACGAUCAAUGGCACAAUGACCUUUUCGGCCCCCACACCGGUCCGGCACUUCGCAACCUUCGCUUAGAAGCCGUCGACGCGCAAGGGUAUGUCAACCUGCGCUGCGAGCACGACCCCGGCUGCCCGACGAGCGUCCACCCGUGGAGCCCCACGCAGAUCGAUAUCGAGAAUGAUGACAUCCGCGCAUUCUUUCCCCAAGUCUACCAGACCCUCCUUAACGUGCCGGCGAAAAAAGUUCCGGAACAUAUUGGGAAUGUCUGCUGUGGUCAAUUCGCCGUUAGUCGUGAUCGGAUCCUUGAACGGCCCUGGUCGGAUUACGAGCGCAUGUUGCGGUGGGCCGACGAGACAGAGUUGACGGAUAGCUUUGGAGUUGGGUGGGUAUACGAGAAGAUCUGGCAUAUUAUCUUCGGCAUGGAGGUCAUAUAUUGCCCUCGAUACGAACAAUGCCGCUGCGACACGUACGGAUGGUGUGGACCCUUGGCCUCGGGCGAGACACUGCAGGCAGUGCGAGCCAAGCCGGGCUCCAUCCUGGGGUCGUCACAAUCAUAA